UAUGUCUUUGGUAAGAAUGUCACGACCAACUGGUGUGUACAUUCCUAGUGAAACACUGAUAUCCCGUUUUCUUCAAUACCUUAACCAUAUACCUCAAAAUAAAGCAGAGACUAUCGAUUUCAGAAAUCAGCAGUUCGUUAUACUCAGUUCCAUUUAUGCACAGCUGUUGAUUGUCAUUUGUAUUGCGUUCUUCACGGCUGAAGUCGUCACAUCCGAAGUAUCGCUCUUUUACUUUGAGGGCUUCUAUCUCUACCUGUAUGCAGGUAGUUUGAUAUUUUUGUUGUUCAUCAAUGUUUACCCAGUACAUAAUAAAGAAACUUCGCUUGCCACAUCUGCGAAUGUUGUGCGAUCCUCCAUAAUGAACAGCUUAAGGAAAUUUGGUCACAGAUGGGAAACGGAAGACACCAAAAAUCAAAGAUCCAACAAGACUUACAAUUCAUACAGUGUGAAAAGCCACGGAAGCUUUUUCCUAAGGAUUGGAGCAAUAGCCUUUGGACUAGGAACAAUGAUUUACAAUGGACUGGAGUUUGGAAAGUUCUUCGAAAUCCCAGUUACAUCUCCAUGCUAUAGCAUUCUUCUUGGUGUGAAUCCUGUUGUCCAGAUGAUAUUCACAUUCUUCCAGAUGCAUUUUAUAUUUGUAAAUACUAAACUCAACAUACAGAGGUUGAAGGUGAUGGCAAGAUUUGGUCUAAUGCAUAUGGUAGCAACAAACAUAUGUGUGUGGGUGCGAACAUUGGGCAAAGAAACUCUUUACGAAAUUUCAACACAGCUGAUGAAAAAUGGCAAAACCAAUCUUAUGGAAGAGUUGAUAGUGUCAACCAGAGAUAAUAACACCAAGAUAAACAGCACCAAUAUAUGCCAGAAAACAGACAUAAUUGGGAACAUUGUGUCACAAGCGUCUCCAUUUCUUUACCCUUUCAUCGUGGAAUUUAGUCUGAUUGGAUCGGCAGUUCUCUAUGUGAUGUGGAAGAACAUAGGCAAGAACCCUGCCCUCGUAGUAGAAACGAAGAACAAUGCAAAUUUUGAUGGGCCCAGUGCUCGUAACAGCACCAGAAUGAAUUGUGUUGGAGCGAGUAAAGGAUUGUUUUUAGGCUUGCUAGUUUUGGUUAUAUGUUUGUGCUGUCUGAUUGCAUUUUUUGUGCUAGUUCAUCACGAAGAGCAUAAAAUCUUAGCUAUUUACUUAGGAGACGCAUCACAUUGUGCUCUUCUAGUUCUGAACAUCAUUUCUGUUAUUGUGGGGUUUAUUCAGAUAAGAACUUUGAAGUAUCUUCCUGACCGUAAAGAACAGUUUAGCAGCAUCCUGCUAGUUAUAACAGGCUUUGGGCUGUAUUUAUAUGCUGUUUUCGGGAUUAUAGCAGGCUCUUUAUCAUCUAUUUACUUUAUUCCCAACGUACUAGUUCUGAUAAUCAGUGGUCUAACUUUGUUCCAAGCGAUCAUACAGUCUUUAUUCAUCUCAGAUGUCGUCUGUCGAUCGACAUAUUUACCCGAACACGAUAAACAGAAGCCUGGAAGGCAAGUGAUUACAUUUUUGAUUAUCAAUAAUCUUACCCUCUGGAUAAUCUACACUUUGCAAAUGCAGAAAAUGGAAGCCAGUCCAAUUGAGCUCAACUUUUUUGGUAUGUGGGGUUGGACGCUUAUUGUUCGAAUCACACUUCCUCUUGCCAUCUUCUACAGAUUUCACUCUGCUGUUACAUUUGCUGACGUUUGGAAAAACUCGUAUAAAAACAUCUAUUCGUAACGCAUGCCUUAACAUUCCACUUCCGUGAAAUACUUGUGUUUGUUUGUAGCUAAACAUAAAGCUAAACGAUGGGUUAUCUGUGCUCUGCCCACCACGGGUAUCGAAACCCGGUUUCUAGCAUU